AUGAAACAGAUUUUCCCAGCAUUCCCCCUCGUGUUCUUCUUAUUCUUCUUUCAGUGCACUCCAGCUCUUUCGCAGAGUCCGACGCCGGCUCCUGCACCUCCAGCACUGGUUCCUGCACCCCCAGCGAUGGCUCCUGCUUCUGGUUCCACGGAUGUCACAGCUAUUCUUGGAAAGGUCGGUCAUUUUACGACAUUUAUUCGACUCCUAAAAGCCACCCAAUUGGCUGAUCAACUCAAUACACAGCUUUACAAGUCAAACCAAGGUCUCACAGUAUUUGCUCCCACUGAUGAUGCAUUCAGUAACCUCAAACUGGGCAUGUUAAACUCCCUCACCGAUCAACAGAAAUAUCAGCUGGUCCAAUUCCACGUCCUACCUUCAUUUUUCUCCGUCUCCCAACUCCAAACCGCAAGCAAUCCACUACGAACACAAGCUGGAGGUAGUGAUGGACAAUUCCCAUUCAAUGUCACAACAUCUGGGAAUCAGGUGAACAUAACAACCGAUAUGGUUAAUGCAACAGUGGCAGAUACAGUAUAUACCGACAAGCAGCUAGCCGUAUAUGAGGUUGAUAAAGUACUUCUUCCUCAUGGUCUUUUUGUACCUCCUUCGCCACCUCCUGCACCACUAAAACCCAAAAAACGCCCAGCUUCAGAUUCUACCCAAUCUAAUGAUACUCCUCAUGUCCAAGACGAUACUUCUGAUGGAAUUCAUCUGUCCCAACAUACAUUGCGUGCAACAUCCAGUAUCGUCCUUGUUUUGGCAGCGUUUAUUUGA